AUGCCGGACUUCAAGCGCAUAUUCCCCACCAUUACGGUGUUCAUCGCAUUUAUAAUCACCAUAUUAUGCCUCUUUGCUGGGACACAGAAGAACUUCCUAGAAAACGUUGACCUGUUGACGUUAUACACACCAGAAGGCAGUACCGACAGCACCGCGCACGAUUUUUAUUCCGUCCACAUCAUGUCCUAUUGUCAGGGGACAUUAGGAGCAGCCGAUCCCGGCGCCAAAGUCACACGCAACGUGACCGAAUGUUCGCAUCGCAAAAUCCUCUUCUCGUUCGAUCCGACCCAAGAGUGGCCGGAUGUCUCCCAUGGCGCGGACCUGGAGUGGCCGCGCGUGAUCAGCGACGACUUCCAUGCGUUUAGAAUGACCACUCGGUCGAUGGCAGUGUUAUACAGCAUAGGGGUUGGCGCGAUGGGAGCGGCGCUUUUGGUUAAAUUCUGGACCGCCGUUGCCCCCCGAGCCGGCCAGGGCUUAUUUGAAUGCGGGUUUAUGGUGCUUGGAACUCUCACAGUUAAUGUGGCAUCCAUCAUUGCGACGGUCCUGGCGUUUGAGUUUGUGGAUUUGAUUAAUGCCCACGGGAAGGGCUCGAAUGUCUCGGCCAAGUAUGGGGAGAAACUCCUCGGGAUGACCUGGGCGGCUGCGGGGCUACUCCUGGUGGGCAGUGCUGCUUGCUUUGUGAACGUAUUCGUUCGGCGGCCGGCUGCACCUAUUGAAAAGGCCCUGGACGACAUGGAGGGGUAG